ACAUUAUCACAUAUAGCCCUAUAUUAUACACAAGCCUAAUCUAAAAUUCCAAAAGGUGAUGGGACUGUGAGUCUGUGACCAUCAAACUUCUUCACUGAUAUACAUACAGAACCAAACCCAUCAAAAUCUUCCACCAAAACUUUGAAAAAGAACCAUUACCAAAGAAAAAUAAUAAUGACUUCUGCAAUGACCACCAGUUCCUGACAAGUUUUCUUUUCCCUCUCCAAACAGAAGGUUUAUGGUUCCUCAACACUCAACAGCCAUGAAGCACAGAAAGCUCUUCCCAACUUCAACUAACCAAACUGACUGUCCAGAAUACUGUGACCCAAUCUCAACCUGUCCCUAUGGUUGCUACCCAUAUCCACACUUCUAUUUCUUCCCACCACCGCCCCCACCAUCGCUACAGCCGCGUAUUUCAACCGACGAAAGCCAAAACUUCUCGUCCCACGUGAUCAUCAUUGUUUCAGUGCUAGUCAGCUUCUUCCUCCUCCUCAGCUACUAUUUAGUCAUAGCCAAGUAUUGCUCCGGUCGGACCCGUUUGGAAUCCGACGGCCAAGAUGUCGUAGACGAAAAUCAAGGGCCAGUAACUGACCAUCCCAUCUGGUUUAUCAACACGGUCGGACUACAACCUUCGGUUAUCAACAAAAUUGCGGUGUUUAAGUACCGUAAAAGCGACGUCUUGAUCGACGGGAGCGAUUGUUCGGUGUGUUUGAGCGAGUUUCAAGAAGAUGAGAGUCUUCGGCUGUUGCCCAAGUGUAAUCACGCGUUUCAUAUUCCGUGUAUUGAUACUUGGUUGAGGUCGCACACCAACUGUCCGCUCUGUCGUGCCGGUAUUUUAUCGAACACUUGGAGUGCGAGUAGUCCUUCUGCCUCGGGUGAGCAGAAUGGUUUGAAUUUGAGGCCUAUUGAAGAGACCCAUAUUGGAAUUUCAGAGAGGAAUGGAGAAUUGGGUGAAAACAGGGCUGAAACAGGGGAUGGUAUUGGAUUAACCCCAGUUGAUGGUGAAAGAAAGCAAGUUGAUGAUUCAAAGGAACAGAGUUCUUUGGAUUUAAUGACUGGAGAAGGAACCCAGAUGGAUAACUCAGAAAGUAAUGGUGAAUUGGGUGAAAACAGGGCUGAAACAGAGGAUGAAAUUCCAUUACCACAUAUAAGUGAUGAAAUAAAGGGAUUUGAGGAUUCAAAGGACGGUGGGAAUUCUAUGGAUUUUUCAUCAGCCGUAACUGAAAAUUCUGCUGAUUGUGGAGAUGAUUCGUCACAAUCCCAUAUGGGUAUUGUUCAAAUGCAAGAUUUGAAGGAUUCUAAGAUGAAUGGAGUGAUUGGUACUGAUUCAACUUCACAGACUGUAAUCAACGGCCCUGUUUCAUUCAAGAGAUCGUUUUCAUAUGGUGGAAGGGAAGGUAUUUUUCGCCAAGACAUGGUAGGACUCUGAGUUCAAUUCUGCCUCUGUGAAUGUGGUAAAUAGUUUGAGCACUUUUUUUUUUUUCUUUUUAACUGAGUACGGGAAAUUAUAGAUAAAGGUAAUGUAGAGAAGACUCCAGCCGGACAUGCAAAGUCUUAUUGCGCGCAAGUUGUUCCAGAUAUCUGAUUAUCAAAAAAAUAAAGUAUGAAGUUUCUGAUCAAUUCAUUCCAUACGUCUAGACGCACGGGAUGAGCUCGGAGGAGGAAUUCGCUGAUACGUUCCUGUUUAUGGAACGUAAUAUCUGUUCUGGGAAAUAACCAUUGCUAGUAUGAUACUACUAGUAGUAUCAGAACCACGAAAGGAGCGGGUGUGAAAUUUUCUGAGCCUAAACUGGCUAUGUAAAUUGUCAUUACUCUGUUACUUCUUUCUUUCUCUUUUUUUUUUUUUUGAUCCCUCUCUGUUAGAUAAUAUUGUCAAAAUAUUGUAAAUGCGUCCUAUAUAGUUUUGCCCAUACUGUAGAAAAUUAGAAAGCACAAGUACAAAA